UCCUUCCACUUGCGCCUAGCACGGGGCCGCAGCUGGCCCCGAUCUCUCUGCUGCCGUCCGGGAGGUAGAGGCGUCCCAGGCUCCUUCAAGGACCCAGCCUGGACUGGCUCUGGAUCCAGGAUGGCUAUUCCCCAGGCCCUCCUGACCUGCCUGGGUGUCUUGCUACUCCUCCCCAGGAAUCAGGCCCAAGUCCGUGCUCCACCUGGGUGCAGCCCAGACCUCAACCCCCUCUACUACAAUCUGUGUGACCGCUCAGGGGCUUGGGGCAUUGUCCUGGAGGCUUUGGCUGGGGCUGGUGUUAUCUCUACCUUCGUCCUCACCAUCAUCCUGGUGGCCAGCCUUCCCUUUGUGCAGGAUAGCAAGAAGAGGAGCCUGCUAGGGACCCAGGUGUUUUUCCUGCUGGGGACGCUGGGCCUCUUCUGCCUCGUGUUUGCCUGUGUGGUCAAGCCUGACUUCUCUACUUGUGCCUCGAGGCGUUUUCUCUUUGGUGUCCUUUUCGGCAUCUGUUUCUCCUGUCUGGGUGCCCAUGUCUUUGCCCUCAACUUCCUGGCCCGGAAGAACCAGGCACCUCGGGGCUGGGUCAUCUUUGCCAUGGCCCUGCUCUUGGCCCUGGUGGAGGUCAUUAUCAACACAGAGUGGCUGAUCAUCACAUUGGUCAGGGGUGGGCAUGGAGGGGCAGGUGGUCUUCAUGACAACAAGAGUACCAGCUGGGGUGAGGCAUCCCCCUGCGCCAUUGCCAACAUGGACUUCGUCAUGGCCCUCAUUUAUGUCAUGCUCUUGUUGCUGGUCGCCUUUGUAGGGGCCUGGCCCAUCCUCUGUGGCCGCUUCAGGCGUUGGCGGAAGCAUGGGGUCUUUGUGCUGCUUACCACGACCACCUCCAUUGCCAUUUGGGUGGUAUGGAUUGUUAUGUACACCUAUGGCAAUGAGCAGCGGAACAGCCCUACCUGGGAUGACCCCACCCUGGCCAUAGCCUUGGCUGCCAAUGCCUGGGCCUUUGUCCUCUUUUACAUAAUCCCUGAAGUCUCUCAGGUGACCAAGCCCAGCCCAGAGCAGAGCUACCAAGGGGAUAUCUACCCCACCCGGGGUGUGGGCUAUGAAACCAUCCUGAAGGAGAAGAAGGGACAGAGCAUGUUUGUGGAAAACAAGGCUUUCUCAAUGGAUGAGCCAUCCUCAGCCAAGAGACCUGUGUCACCAUACAGCGGGUACAAUGGUCAGCUGCUGACAAGUGUGUACCAGCCCACAGAGAUGGCCCUGAUGCACAAAGGCCUGUCUGAAGGACCCUAUGAUGUCAUCCUCCCUCGGGCUACUGCCAAUAGCAGUCACGUGAUGGGCAGUGCCAACUCAACCCUUCGGGCUGAAGACCUGUACACCACCCAGAGCCAUCAGGCAGCAUCACAGAAGGAUGGGAAGAAUGCGCAGGCUGUGCAGAACCCAGCAUCUUUCCAGGCCUUGUAAUGCAAACUAGGAGGGAGCCCGGAUUCAGCAGAUCUGAAGCAGUGGACUUAGACGGGCUGCCUGCCCACGAUGGAUGUCUAAUCUGGGAAGAGCAGGACUCGCCUCCCUAUGUCCCCCUUUUGCCUGUCUCUGGGCCUCUCUAUCAGGAAACUGUGAGACAUAAGGAUCAGUCCCUAUGCUCCCACCCACCCUGAUGUACUCCCUGCCCCACCCAAAGACACAACCUCUUCUGGGGCCACCUCGAGCUCUUCAGAAUGAAGGAAGGGUCUCUUUGGUUGUAUUUUGUAUUUCCUCUAGGUUACCUUUCCCACUGUGAGCUGACAUCUCAGGUGCCUCUUUCUUCUUUGGCCCACAUCAUGGGACCUAACUAAUGUAGCCAUGCCCCUUGCUGCCCACUCCAACCCUCUCCCCUUUGACAGACCAUGCUAUUCCUUUCUUACAGUUGUGUUUUCUCUGGAGAGGGUCAGACUCCUGGAACUGACUUGAGCUGGGGGUGUCCCUGCAGGUAGGUAGUUCCAGCUCUGUUCCCCUGGGUUUGCUACCCAUGAAGGUGAAAGGAAGCAAAUGGCCAAGGAUGAUAGGUAUCCUGAGCAGGAAGCAAGAGCUCUUGGCUAACACCCUUCUGGAGAAGUAACAGCUUCUUCUACUGUGAGCUUCGUGAUGACACUUCCUGGUCCAUGGUUCCUGGAUCUGAGCCACUUCAGUGCUGUGUUCACUCUCCCCACCUUCCCUUGAUACUAGUCUUCUGGCCCAUGAGGCCUUUUGCACUCUGGCCUUCUGCUCUCUGCUCCAUCCAUCAGAGAGGAUGCUGCCUACAUGGACUGUCCUACUUGGAAGCCACCCCCUCUCCAUGCUUCCCGGGAAACUUGGCCAAGAAGGGUAUGAAAUUUGCUGGGCUGGGCUGCCUUGGGAAAAGCAGAGAUGCUGUUUGGGUGCCCAUUGGCCUUUUCUUUCUUUCUUUCUUUCUCUUUUUUGUGAAGUCUUUUCCCUUAUGUCCCCUUUCACUUUCUUCUGCAACCCUAGUCAGUGUAGAUGGCCAGCUCCAGCUGGAACAACACAAGGGACAGGAAGCAGCAGGAAGGCCUGAUUGAUUGGACAUCUCUGGGCUAAAACUAGAAGAGUCCUUAAGAGAUACAGGAUGGGAGAAUGAGCUCUAUAUACUCUUUCUGGACCAGAAUGGGAUAGGGACCAGGACUCAGACUCAAGGCAUCUACAGAUGAACUCUUUCUGCUUGUAAGGUCUGGGAAUACACUUUGUUACUUCCUGCGGUCAGAUAUCAAAAGUUCAUACUCCCUCCCACAUCCCCCUGUAUUGUACUUCCAUUAGGGGAAUAGGAAGGAAACAGUUAUUUUGAAAUAGAAGGAACACCUUACCAAAUAGGAUCCACCCAGAGAAAGGAAUGGGGCAGGGGGCUUACUGUCAUCUGGUUAUCUAGGAAAUAGUGCGAUCAAUCCAAAGACGGAGAAGGAGUGGUCCUUGUUACCUGGCAGUGGUUUCCUGUUCCUCAUGAAGGUUCCCUGUGAAAUCAAAAGGAGUCUGCACCCUUAGCUCCCGCACUCUGACCAGGCCUCAAGUGCCCAGAAUAGGGUUUAGCUAUGGGUGCUACCAGGUGCAAUGAGUACCCUCACAUUAUAUUCUCUUGACUGUAGUACCUAUGUCCUUUUCCCUGCAAACAGUAUUUUUCUGGGGCUAAGCUUAAUGAACUCUAAUAUAUGGAGACAGAGGGUCAGGGAGGUGGAGGAAGGAUGGAUGGAUGGAGAGCACAAGAAGAAGCCUGUGAAUUGCAUCCGUGCCUGCUGGCUGUGACCUGCCCUGCCUUCACCCUCCCUCUAUUUUACCUGUAACCUGGGUUAUAUAUAGGUAGACCUAAGUAUUACUUCCUCUCUAUGGAAAGGGCGGAAGUGAAGUUGAAAGCCCCAUCCAUCUCUCAUGUUCCUUUGAUCUUAGUUAGUGGCCCAAACAUCCCCUUGAGUGAAUAAAGUUUUACUAUGUUUUGUGUAA